GUGGAAUGCUGCUACAUUGUUGUUGUUUUGUAGUUCAUUUCAAAUUUUGAUACUUUUCGGUCGAUCUCUGGAAGUCCGCUCCGGUUUGAUUCACACACCGGCGCGUCCUUGGUACGAUCACAACACCUGCGCGAUCCCGACACACAAGAUCCGCGUCCACAAGCUGUUUUUCAGUGGGAUUCUGGCCAGUUGAAUGCAUUCUGGGUAUGACGACUAAUCCCAGAGGAAGCAAAGCUUUAAAGGUGAAGAAGGAGGCAGGUGAGAAUGCUCCCAUGCUGAGCGAUGAUGAACUGGUCUCCAUGACGGUUCGGGAGCUGAACCAGCACUUGCGCGGCCUCACCAAGGAGGAUGCGGUGUGGCUGAAACAGCGCCGGCGAACGCUGAAGAACCGCGGCUAUGCUGCCAGCUGCCGCAUCAAACGCGUCACGCAGAAGGAGGAACUGGAGCAGCAGAAGACGGAGCUGCAGCAGGAGGUGGACAAGCUGGCCCGGGAGAACGCCAGCAUGAAGCUCGAGUUGGAAGCUCUCCGCUCAAAUUACGAGGCCCUGCAGAGUUUCGCUAGGUCCGUGGCACGGGGGCCAAUUAUGCCAGCCAAGGUGGCGGCCACCACCAGCGUCAUCACCAUCGUCAAAUCAGCCGACCACAAGACAAGCUCUGCUCACUUCUCCACCCCGUCCUAGUGGUGUACUGCGGGCACUUAGGUCAUGGUGUCCUUUGGCAUUGACACUGAGUGCCCAGUACAUAUUGCAUCAUUCAUUAUACCCGCCACCCUCUUUCCAGUCCGUCCAUUUGAUUUUCAGACAACCUCUGUGUGGUUUCCACUUUGCUCAGCAGGCCCAAAGUAUGACUAAUUCUGUCAAACUUUCAUUCAGUACCAUAAACUCUUACACACCUUGUGUCUGUGCACUGUGCUACAAAACUCCCAGUACCGGCUAGGCAUCACCUUUCUAUGAGAAAUUUGAGAGACAACAAAGCACUUAAUCCAGUACAUUGUCAACAUAUUAUGACAGAAGCUCUGUGAUCUAUUACAGCAAAAAAAAAAAGCACUUGUUUUUAAGCUGGGACCAGCUGUGGUACUAAAAGUCUCCACACACUGAACGCGAUGCGAUUUGUCCGGCGAUAAAAUUUUAUUUUUGCUGCAUCAAUACUUUUCACGCAAGUAAUUAUCAACAUUAUGAUUAAAUACUAAUAAAAAAUGCACAAAUAUAUUUGAGUUGUUACUGUUUGACAGGUGCACACAGACUAUCCUCUGAUUGUAUCAUCAGCUGGCGAAAAAAAGUCCUAUUUCUAUUUAUACAGCUAAUAAAAAUAUAUACCCAUAAUAGCUUUUCAGAAUGCUUUCAGUAAAGGUAAACAAAUCAUACACACCAGCUCUAUCCAGUUUGGUUGAAAUGCACUCCCAGAUGUUCUCCCUCAUUGCCGUGUCUUUAUAAUUUUUACAUCCUUUAUUGUACCACUCCGGGUAUUUUGAUACUGCAAGAACAUUUUUCUUCACCCUUGUUUACUGAAGCCUUCAAGGCUUACAAGGGAGGCUGUUCCUCAUUGGUCAGUUCCCCAGCUGUCGCUCGACAAAAUCGCAAACUUGGACGGCAAUCCUAUUUUUUUUCGCAUCGCAGCCAGUGUGAAUACAUGUUUUAACUUUUUUUUUUUUUUUUUUGUCGUGGUGCGGUUGUCGUAUGUGUCGUCACAUUGCGUCCGGUGUGUGGAGACCUUAUCACAGCAAUAAAAUCCUCUUAUUAGAAUAGCAAACACUUGAUACUGUUUUGGUAAAUAGUUACAUACAGUACAAAAUAUAUAUUUCUAAAUAUUCCAGAGAAUGUUGUUUACAUAUCAG